UCGACAAAUUGGACGUGCUUGUGGAGUUUAAACGCGAAGUAGUUUGUAACAUACACACAAGUCAACAACACUAUAAAACAGCUAAAAAUGACGUCCUCCUGGCUUCGUUAAACUUAGUUGGCCAUGUACGCAGCGACGGCCAAGACCACGGCCCCCGCGGCAGAAACGGAUGCCGACGCCGUGACAGUGGGGGCUGCGGUCGUUGUGGUGUUGGAAGUGGCAUUCGCGCCCGGCGAUUUGGUCGUGGUGCUGGAAGUAACGUUGGCGUCCGGCGAUUUGGUCGUGGUGAUGGAAGUAACGUUGGCAGGCUUGGUGGUCACGAUGGGCUUCACAGAAGCACUGGUUGUGGUCGGGGCAGGCGUUGAGGCGGCGUUGAUCUCACCCACUUGGUUGUUCUUGGCCAGGAACUCCUUGAACGUCCAGUUUAAUUUGUCCGUCUCGUACACAGGCGAGUCGCCGACGAUGUACGUGCAGGGCGGGGACACGCCCUUGAUGGCGGAUGCAAUCGCGUCGUACCACUUGGAGCAGUCGGCGCUGGCGAGGAGCUUGGCCUGGUCCGACGACGAGGUGGUGGACGUGAACACUGGCGUCAUGUCCGUGCCGCCGAUAACUUUGGCGCAGGCCUUGGCGACGGGGCUGGUGAAGUGCGGGACCACAGCUUUGGCGAUGGAGAGGGUGCAUUGACUCCCGUUGUCAGCAGUCACAACGGCGGCGGCAGAGGACAGGACUACCCCCACGGCCAACGAGAAGGACUUCAUGGUGGUCGAGUAUGUGGA